UCGCCUGUGUCAGUUUCUUGAACGGCGUAGGAUACACAGUAUGUGAGACAACUUCACUUUGAAUAUUCCUGUGUUGGAGGAAAUCAAAUCUGGGGGUUUUUUUGUAUACUGACAUAUGUCAAAAUGGAAUUAAUUCAGUUAUGGUUUCAAAUCCUGGGUUGCUUGUGUGUUUUGCUAUUGGUUACUUCUGAGGAUGUCCAGAAACAGUCGAAUAAGACUGUGACAAUAGCCGAGACUUCUUCUGAUUUAGGAACACAAAACUCAUCAGGUAUGAUUUACAGAGACUACAAUAGAUCGCUCUCGACAAAUGUACAAAAGAACAUUCCUUCUUCCUACGAAGACUUUUGUAUACUGAAUGGUAAAGGAUCCAGCUAUGAAAUAUACCACCGGUAUAACUGUUACAUAGACAAAUCUUCUAGUGGCAAAUGGAACUUCUCGGAGCUACGAAAGUACAUUUCAUUGAUAAAUGCAUUCUACAGUUUUAAAGUUCAAUGUGAAAAAGGUGCAAAAAUUUCUCUUCCGUAUCAAAGUAAAUCAAAAAACAUAGUUAAACUGUAUGUGCAAGACUGCAUUCUAACCGACUACUAUGCAGAUUUCAAAAAUCAAGAACUGGACACCUUUCCUGAUGUAAUGGAGGAGUAUGUGUUGAUAAAUGUGCAGUAUGAGACGAGUCUGAGAGCCUUCAGGGAAAAUGCAGUACUAAAAUCAAGCACACAACCUAGUAACUUAAUAUGUGGUGAUGAGGAAACUUUGAAAAUAAUGAUAAAACGUAAUACCACGCUUGAUAUUAUACAUGAUGUGCCGAUAGAUAUGAACCGUUUUGCCAUGCUAGCGACCGAGUUAAUUGAAAAUGCCCGUCUUUCGACCCACAAAUGUGUGUUCAAGAAAUUGCAUACACUAGAGAACUCAUAUACGAUAAGAAAUCGACACUACGCUAAUGAAAUGACGGAACAAAAACUAUAUCCGGAAUUAAAAAUGCUGAACGUGUCCCACUCGAAUAUAUAUUAUGUCCCCGAACAAUUCAAAAACUGGUGGAUUUAUUUUGAGGCUUUGGAGUACAUUGAUAUGUCUUACAAUCAUAUUCAAGACGUUCGCUUUCCAAUCAGUUUAAGUGGAAUAUGGGGUAAACCGAUACCGAAUUUGACAUAUGAUCUCACACAUAAUAAAGUAAGUCAAAUUUCUGUCCGACUGUUUGAAAGACUUAUUCCAAACGAAAGGAUUUUUGUGAACAUAGCGAAUAAUCCUUUUAACUGCACCUGCACAGAUGAAAUGAAAGAGGUCUUAAAAUAUAUUCAAGAAACAGACUGGAAUUCAGUGAAAUACAAACGUUAUCAGUACUUUAGAGAUUUGCGGUGCCAUCUCCCUGAGAACAUUCGAGGACGACGUCUGAAAGAUCUCACAGCCAAUGAUAUUAACUGUGGUUUCGAGUUAAUGCCUGUUACUGUGGCUUUGAGUAUUUUGUCAUUUUUCUUAAUCAUAUUUUUGAUUGUUAUUUUGAAAUAUAGGCGAGAAAUUCGGAUUUUGUUUUUUACCCGAUUUGACGUUGUUUUGCCAUGUCAACCAGCGGAAUUAUACGAAGAUAAGGAAUUUGACGCCUUUGUCUCCUACAGUAAUGAUGACGAAGGGUGGGUUCGGGAACUGUUUGAAGAGAGCAAAAACGAACGAUUGGCCCAUUUGAAAUUUUGUAUGCACCAAAAAGAUUUCAUUCCUGGAAAAACAAUAUUUGAGAAUAUUGUAAAAUGCGUGGAAAACAGCAAACAUACCAUGAUUGUCUUGUCCCAAAAUUUUCUGAACAGUCAUUUUUGCAUGUGGGAAUUUCAAGAGGCUUUUCAACAGAGCAUUGUAGAGAGAAAACGGCAUUUGAUUAUCAUUCUUUUGGAGGAAAUUCCAGAGAAGGAUCUUCCUAGCGAUCUGAAGAGAUGUAUGAAGAUUUUUACAUACAUAAGAAAAGACGAUAACAUUUUCAUCGAUAGACUGCUGUAUUCAUUGGCAUAUAAAGGAAAAAAGGGAAAUGCACUAAAAGCCAAAGCUGAACAAGUGAAUCUUGGGUACAUUGAUCAAAAAGAAAACGUUUAAGUAAAAAAGAUGCUGUGAAAAUAAAUGAUAAGGAUAAUAUUGCAUGGUGCACAUGUGGCAGUUUUCUUUCUUUUUCUUUUUUUUUUCUUUUAAAAUAUUGAAUUUGUUUUGUCAUUUAGGUUUGCUCUUUUUGCGAUGAAUACGUAGAACUGCCUUUAAAAAUAAUCAACUCAAUUUACUAUUUGAAUAUUGAUUGGGAUUAUGUUCAUCCUUUUGAGGAAAAGGAAACGAGUAUGUGCAUAUAUAUUCCUCACUCCUACCCCCCCCCCCCCCACCAGAAAAAAAUAAACAUUGUACUAAUUAACAGGCAUUACAUGUACUUAUUCAAACUUUAUAUUUCUGUGUGUCGAGCUUAGUCUUUGAAGUGAUUUGUUAUGAAAUAUAUUUCAUGUGUUACAUUCUUAGUCGUUAAAGUGGUUUAUUUACAUUGUCUGAAAGAUAUAUCACGUGUUACAUUUGUGUUAUUACCAAUGUGUUCUCUUAUAUAUA